AAGAGAACAAAUUUGAAGAAACGGCGCACCAAAAAAGUUUUCAUUUUUAUGCGUCUCUUUUACUGUAUGUAAUGUGAAGAAGAACCAUGUCGCUUCUCAUCACCUACUCCUGAUAAUUCCAUUGCUUCUUCCUCUUAUAAGCCUCACCAUUGCUUAUUCUUCAUCCUAGAAUUUCAGGUGCCCCGUGUUUUCCCUUCUCCACUUCCCUUCAGCUUCAAAACAAGGUCCUUCUUCCUAUUUCCGGUUCAAUUCAAGGACCCAAUUGUUGUUUUUGAGGAAACCCAGAAACGUUUAUUGCAUUGGAAGGAAGAAUAAGACAAUGGGGUGGAACUGGGCAUGCGCUAAUGGCUUCACUUCCUAGAGGACUUUUGGGGCUUAAGAGAUCUAGUUAGCUGCGCUGCUUGAGAGAGUUUUUGAAGGAUAAGGGUCGUGCAUUUCAGAUAUUUGGCAUCGGCAAAAUGGCAUCUGGUCUGAAUUCAGGGUUAUCCAAGAAAACUUCUGUUUUUGGUUUGGAAGUGUGGGAAUUGAUGGCAAUGGCUGUUGGGCUGUUUAUUGUAAUCAUCCUGGCGGUUUUAUCAAUAUGUCUUACAUUGCGAAAAAGAUCCAGAAAAAUCAACAGCAGCAUGCGUCCCUUUAGCCAUAUCCCAUCGGUUUCAGAAGAGAUCAAAGAGAUUAGAGUUGAUCAAGUUUCAGCAAAUAAUAAUUUGCAGAAUGGCUCUUUAAUGAGUUUGAAUGACAUAUUUAGUGACAAGGAGUCUGCAAAGGCUUUAAUCCAAACGAAUAAUGGGGAUAAUCUCAAUAGUAGCCAAUCAGGCUCAUUUAAUCAUUUAGAGAAAGAUGGUGUUGGCUCUCAAUCAGGCGAUGACAGCAUCUCUAAGACUACUUCUUACAGCCCCUUGUCUGGUUUGCCCGAAUUCUCUCAACUAGGCUGGGGUCACUGGUUCACAUUAAGGGACCUAGAACUUGCAACAAACCGGUUUUCAAAGGACCAUGUUAUUGGGGAAGGUGGUUAUGGAGUUGUUUAUCGAGGUCAACUAGUCAAUGGGAAUCCUGUGGCUGUCAAGAAGAUCCUCAAUAAUGUAGGACAGGCUGAAAAGGAAUUCAGGGUGGAAGUUGAGGCUAUUGGUCAUGUGCGACAUAAGAACUUGGUUCGACUUCUUGGAUACUGCAUUGAAGGCACUCACAGGUUGUUGGUUUAUGAGUAUGUUAACAAUGGCAAUUUAGAGCAAUGGCUACAUGGAGCAAUGCAGAAGCAUGGGUAUCUUACUUGGGAAGCUCGGAUGAAAAUUCUCCUUGGGACGGCUAAAGGACUAGCUUACUUGCAUGAGGCAAUUGAACCAAAGGUUGUUCAUCGUGAUAUUAAGUCAAGCAACAUUUUGAUUGAUGAUGAGUUCAAUGCCAAAAUAUCUGACUUUGGGCUAGCUAAGUUGCUGGGUUCUGGGAAAAGUCAUAUCACAACUCGAGUAAUGGGUACUUUUGGAUAUGUGGCCCCAGAAUAUGCCAAUUCCGGCUUACUAAAUGAGAAGAGCGAUGUUUAUAGCUUUGGCGUGCUGCUACUUGAAGCCAUUACUGGAAGAGACCCUGUGGAUUACAGCCGACCAGCAGAAGAGGUGAAUUUGGUUGACUGGCUCAAGAUGAUGGUAGGGAACAGGCGUUCAGAAGAGGUGGUGGAUCCAAAACUUGAGACUCGCCCAUCAACAAGUGCCCUUAAGCGAGUUCUUUUGACUUCACUGAGGUGCGUCGAUCCAGAUGCUGGAAAAAGGCCAAGGAUGAGUCAAGUUGUCCGCAUGCUUGAAUCUGAAGAAUAUCCUAUACCUCGAGAGGAUAGAAGACGGCGAAAGAGUCAGGCGGGAAUGGUGGAGACUCCAGAUACAGAGAAGAGUGAGAACCCAGAGAAUAGGUCAAAUGAGAGAAGGAGCCAGAGGAAAUAGUUCAUUGUCCAGAUCAAGGAACUGAAGAUACAGGUCGCAGGAAAAUUUUUGCUUUCUUCUUGAGUUUUCUUUAAACUUGUGAGUCCUGGAAACAUCCAAACCAAGAGGUGUGGAGCAAGGAUGGUGGCGUGGUUUAUAUACAUAUACAUAUAUAUAGAUAUAGAUACCUCUUUGUUGGGACAGCAUAGCUUUGUUAGAUGUUAGAAUGUUGGCUUGGGUAUUGUGUUUGAAUAUGGUAUUCAACAGCUCCCUUGCGCUGGUGGUGUGUACAGUUCAUUGCUAUAUUUUCUUUUCAUUA